CGAUCAUGUAAUAUUAGAUUGUCGAAAAGUCGAAAAUAAUAAGUCGAAUUUUGAAUGAUAUUGUGAUCAUUGUGACCGAUUGUGACGUUGUGACACGUGGUUCGUGUCCCAAGGCCUUCAGAUUCGGACUUAGUGCAGUAUAGAACGGUUCAGAAUCUGCAGAAUAUUUAUUGCAAGAACUGCGAAUAUAGCAGGUAACUGGCAAUGUCAACAUGGCAAAAUCAAAAUCAAUCUCAAAGGCACCAAGAAAGCAGGGCUUCAAUCGCUCAGGCCACAGCAUGAACCCAGAGAGAAAGACGGAGGGCUUGAAAGGUGUUGCUGUUGUCCGAAGCAAAUCUACUAUCAAGAGACUGCAGAUGUAUAGGAAUUUCAAACCAAAACGUAAUAAAAUUGGACAGAUAAUCAGUCCAGCUCCAUUCCAAGGAAGGCUUCCAUCAGGAACUGUUGCAAGAGUAGAACCUAAUCAAAAAUGGUUUGGAAAUUCCAGGGUAAUAACACAGAAUGCACUCCAGAAGUUCCAGGAAGAGUUAGGUGCAGCUGUUAAGAACCCAUAUCAAGUUAUAAUGAAACCAACGAAAUUACCAAUAACUCUUCUGAAUGAAACAGCCAAACAUGCUAGAGUUCAUCUAUUGGAUACUGAAAGUUUUGAAAGUGUUUUUGGUCCUAAGAAGAUAAGAAAACGGCCUAAUUUAAAAAUAAGAAGUCUGGACCAGUUGUCUCAGCUUGCAACUGAAUCAUCUGAAGCUUAUGACGGCGAAAAGGAUAGGGACCUAGUUAGGGAAGAUUUGGGUAUAAAGGAUGCACCAAGGGAAUGGAUAAUGGCUGCAGGUCAGAGUAAACGAAUUUGGAAUGAAUUGUACAAAGUAAUUGAUUCAUCAGACGUAGUGCUACAAGUAUUAGAUGCUCGUGAUCCACUUGGAACAAGGUCUCCACACAUAGAGAAGUUCUUGCGCACAGAAAAACCACAUAAACACCUAAUUUUCAUUUUGAACAAGGUCGACUUGGUGCCUACAUGGGUCACCCAGAGAUGGGUGGCUCUCCUGAGUUCAGAAUACCCAACAGUUGCUUUUCAUGCAUCACUGACUCACCCAUUUGGUAAAGGCUCAUUAAUUAAUUUACUGCGGCAGUUUGCUAAGUUACAUAUCGAUAAGAAGCAAAUUAGUGUUGGGUUUAUUGGUUAUCCAAAUGUGGGAAAGAGUUCUGUGAUCAAUACCUUACGAUCUAAGAAAGUGUGCAAAGUUGCACCUAUUGCAGGAGAAACUAAGGUUUGGCAAUAUAUUACAUUGAUGCGUCGCAUCUACUUGAUUGAUUGUCCUGGUGUCGUGUACCCCUCAGCAGAAACUGAUGUUGAAAAAGUUCUGAAAGGGGUAGUAAGGAUAGAGCUUGUAAAUAAUCCUGAAGACUACAUUCCUACGGUUCUUGAGAGAGUAAAAAAGGAAUACAUGUUGAAGACAUAUAAAAUAGAUGAUUGGAACUCUGCUCAAGAAUUUCUGGAAAAGUUAGCUACAAGGAUGGGGAAGCUAUUGAAAGGCAGCGAACCUGAUAUUGUAACUGCUGCUCGGAUUGUUCUUAAUGACUGGCAGAGGGGCAGGCUACCAUUUUAUGUACCUCCCCUAGGUUUUGAAGUGCCUCUAAAUGAGGAAACCAGUUCAUCUUUCAUCAAGGAACCUCAGCUAAGCCAAGCCACUGAUGGUACAGAAAAUAAUACAGUGAUAGAGGUCACUGCAUUGCCAGAAAAUAUAUAUUUGAAUGAAAACAGUAAUAUUAAUAAUGGAGAAGGAGUAAGUGCUGGAAUUUCCAGUAUUGAAAGAAAUGUGCUUUUAGUUCAAGAAAACAAGAGUAUUCCUGACAAUAUAGCCACAGUUACAGAACCUGAAUUCAAAGUUUUUCAAGACUUCAGCAAAAUUAGAGUUAAUUUGCAUUAUACAGAAGAUCAUGAUAAAAAGUUAAAGCAACAACAAAUGAAAUUUCUUGAACAAGAAAGUAAUGUGAGUAAGAAAAAUGAUACAGAAUUGGAAAUAGUGGUUACAGGUGCAGGUGAACCCACUAAUGAUAAACCAGAAAACUUGGAAACCACAGUUACUAGCAUGGAUGAAGAAUGUAAUGUGUGUGAAUCGUCUUCCAGCUCCAGUGAUUCUGACAUGGAAACAAACUCUCCAACAUGCUCAAGUAGUGGAGCUUUUUAUGUCACAGGCAUUAAGAAUGUGCAUUCUAAUAAAAGAAAACUGAAGUUUGAUGCAGCAUCUGGUGAAAUGCCAGCUAGGUUGACAAGUAAGAUACGGAGGAGGCUGGAACGAGAAAUGAAACCGAAGAGAACUGGUAGUAAUUUUUAUGCAGUGGCCAACGUAAAGAACAGGAACAGAAAUAAAAAUAAAUUUGUUUAAGUGUUUACACUUGAUGACACAGAACCUCACAUGGAAUAAAUUAAUGUGGCAAAUAAUAAGAUUUUGGACACACAGA